UUCCAUGUCAAUUCAGCAGGCAAAAUAUUGAAAUGACACCAUACCUCUUAGAUUUGGCUCAAAAUCUAACAAAACACUAUUCCUGGCAAGGUUAUUCCAGUCUCCAAAUUUGAUGCUUAUAAGUUAUACGGUUUUAGAGCUAUAAGUGUUUCAAUUUUGCUAAAAAUACCCCAAAAAACCCUUAAAUCCGCCAUUUUGAAUUUGCGGUCAUGAAAAAUUUAGAAAUAUUUUUACCAAAGCGUAAGUUUCUUUGUACCUACAGAUUUGAAAAUUUGGAUUCUGGUAUUUUAAGGUAUGAGGAUUUCAAAAAAUCAAUCAGAACCAUCAUUUGACUUAAGGAAUACCUUCUAAUUGAUAUCAGAUUAUGACAUUCCAAAAAUAUGUGAAUAACGAAAAUGCAAAAAGUUAAAAAGCUUGAGUAAAUUUUUCUCUAUUUCUGAUUAGUGUUACCAAAAUGAGUUUUGGCAUGGUGAAUCAUCAUGCCUUACACUGUAUAAAAACGUAAGGAUGAUGUUGGUGUCUCAUCUCAGUAUAGAGCUAGCUACCUUGGAAAAAGAGGGAAAAUUUUUGAAAACUAGGUUUCAAAAACAUGAAUAGUAAAGAAAAUUCUGACCCAAACUGUAUGUGAUCUCUAGCUAUUCUUGAAUCAAUGAGCUAAAGGUUGCAACACAUUUCAAUGCUAAUGUGUCAAACCAUUUCUUUUCUUUAUGUGCAGAAGUUAGAUGUGCACAAUGAGUUUAUUGUGAUGUCAGUUUUCUGAAUAAAUAAUUUCAGUGUAUGAAUAGACAAGUGUGAAAUCCUUAGUGCAUGCUAAAUGAAGGUGUUGUUAAAGCAAUUAAAAAUUAUUGUCCAUGUAUUAUCCCUAGACAAUAAAACUUUCUAUUGAAGAAUGGAUUGAAUAAAUUGAAUGAGUUGAAAUUGAGAAAUAGCCACACUUUCCUUAGAUUCAGAAGAAAAAUACUUUGAAAGGUCAUUAACUUUUGUUUAAAACUUCAUGGAAGAAAAUUGCUCAAUAAGGACAGAAUAUAAAAGGUGAACAAGAAACCAGUUUAACUAAAAUUUUUGAGUAAUAAGAAGAAGGUUAAGGUAAUGUCUUCAAAUGACAACCUUGAAAGAUGUUUCAUUGGAAAAAAUCUUGAAGAGAAGUGCCACCUACUUACUUAUACAAAGGUAGCUGGAUUAAAACCCCUUGAACUUCUAAACGAUGAAGAAAAGGAUUUGGUUUCAGUGAGAUCAGGAGUUGUACCAGGCAAAGGAAUGACAAUAUGCUUUCAUCAUGAGCAAACUCUCUUAAAGCAGUUCACUUCAUUGCAAAGGAGUUGUUGUGACCCAUUUGUAAGACAUAAAAAGGCAGUUAAAGGAUGUUCACGGGAAAUAACACAAGCAUUGGCUAAGGAAUUGCAGCAGGUUAAUGUUGAAGUGGUGCCAGGUUGGAAGCUUUGCCCAACAUGUCGUAGAGAGGUUUCAAAAAAACUGGCAAAUGUUAAUGAGGGGGAGACACUGCAGCCUGAAUUGUACGAUGGGAUCCUCCAAGAAACCAAAGAAACUGAGUUGCUAGAAGAGCUUCACAGAGAUGAGGUGCGAGAAAAACUCAAUUCUAGCUUGGAAGAGAUGGAUGUUAGCCCCAUAAAACUUCAUGGAGUUGCAUCUCACUCUAGGCCUGCGUAUGGAAAGCGCAAGCUUACACAAAUUGAAAGCAGACUGCAAGAACAGAAGAAAGUUAUCCAGAAACAAAUAUCGGAAGCUAUGAAUGUGACAACCGAGUCAAUCCAGAUCUCAGAACCAUCAAUACCAGACAACUAUGAUGAAGUAAAGAAGAAAGCAGAUGAUCUGGAUAUCCUUGUGGCAUUGAUGAAAGAGAAACUCAAAGUCUCAAACAGAGGACAAAGACUGCAAAUUUUAACACUUGCACCUCGGUCGUGGUCUAUUCCGAAAACCAUGGAAGAAUUUGAAGUGACAGCUUACAUGGUAAGACAAGCAAGGAAGCUAGGUGCUGAAAAAGGAAUACUGGGAACGCCAAAUGAAAAGAAAGGGAAAGUCAUUUCUGAAGAUUUAAAACAAAGAGUUGUUGCGUUCUAUUGUGAUGAUGAGUACAGUCGUCAAAUGCCAGGAAAAAAAGACACAGUCAGCAUCAGAAGAAAUGUCCCUGUCCAGAAAAGGCUUCUUUUGUGUAACCUUAAAGAGCUGUAUUCUCUCUUUAAAGUCCAAAAUCCUGAAGUGAAGAUCGGCUUCUCAAAGUUUUGUAGUUUACGGCCAAAAUGGUGUGUAUUGGUUGGUCGAUCUGGCACACAUUCUGUUUGUGUUUGUACAAUUCAUCAAAAUGUUGAACUUAUGUUGGCUUCUGUCAAGUUAAGCAAAGAUCGUCACCAGCUUAUGGAUAUGCUAGUUUGCAACAGAGAUUCGAAGCAGUGUAUGGUACAUCGCUGUAAGAGCUGUCCACCUAUGCGAAAUCUGGAAGAGUAUUUGUUGCAGCAAUUUGAAACACAAAAUGACAGUGAGGAAGAAGAUGAAGAUAACAUUGAAGAGCAAAUCAUCCAGUUUCAACAAUGGACGACUGUUGAUCGUGCUGAACUUGUCAGUCAGUCACUUCCUGUUUCUGACUUUGUCAAUUUACUUGCCGAGAAGCUUAACAAUUUGACAUCACAUUCGUACAUCGCAAAGUCACAGAUGCAAUAUUUGAAAAAAUGCAAAGAAAACCUAAAGGAAAACGAACUUAUUGUCUUAGGGGACUUUGCUGAAAAUUAUAAAUUUGUAGUGCAAGAUGAAGUCCAAGGGUACCACUGGAACCAGCAAGGAUGCACUUUGCAUCCAGUCAUCAUCUACUUCAAAAAGGACAGUGAAUUGAAGCAUGUGGAACUGUGUUUCAUUUCGGAUGAUCUAAACCAUGAUACAUCUUUUGUUUACGAAGUCAUUUGCCAAACAAUCAAGUUUGCAAAGUACAAUAUUUCAAACAAUGUAAAACGAUGCCUGUACUUCAGUGAUGGUUGUGCUGGGCAAUAUAAAAAUUGCAAAAAUUUUAUGAAUUUGUGUUUGCACAAAAAAGAUUUCCAAAUUGAUGGUAGUUGGUCAUUUUUUGCUACCAGUCAUGGUAAAUCUCCGUGUGAUGGACUCGGAGGGACACUCAAACGAUUAGCAGCAAGGGCCCGUCUUCAACGACCAACUACUGAGCAAAUACUUUCUGCAGAGCAGCUACUCGAAUUUUGCCAAAAGGAAAUACCUGGCAUUAAAGUUCUUUUCAUUUCCAAGCUCAGUAUGGAAUCUGUGCGAAAGAAUUUAAAGGGCAGGUUUGAUUUAACAAAUACACUGCCAGGAACUCGAAGCUAUCAUGAAUUCAAUCCUAUUUCAGAGACUGUAAUGGCUGCUAAACGAGUUUCAGUGGAUGAAGAGUAUGCAAUUCAGUAUGACUUAGUCAAAGGGAAAGAGUGCCUGCCAGAGGAGGAUAGCAUUGAGAUUAAAAUUUCAGACUUCAUUGUCUGUUAUUAUGAUGAAGAGAUUUGGAUUGGACUGGUAGAUGAUCUAGAUGAUGAAAAUGAGGAUGCUCAAGUCAAAUUCAUGCAUCCAAAUUACCCAUCAAGAUCUUAUUCCUGGCCAAGAAGAGAAGAUAUUUGUUUCGUGCCUUUUGUAAAUAUUAUAUGCAUAAUAAGCACUCCAAGCACAGCAACAGGAAGACAGUACGUUCUAAACAACGAGGACAAAAUAAAGAUCGAAAGUGAAAUUAAUGCACAUAGCUUGUAUUUAAAGCCAUAGUAAUAUACUAAUAAUAAUAACAAUUAUUAUAUUAUUUUAUAAUUAUUAUAACAUAGUAAUAACAAUUUUUAUCCCAAGCAAGCAUGAAUUUUCAAGCGUUUGAGCAAGGAUUUUCAGAGUUUAUAUCUAUUUUAUAUAAAUUCCUGCACAACAAGAAAUGGAAUCUUGCCCUUUUUAGUGUUCCCAAACAUAAAUUUUCAAAAAUUUUCCCUCUUUUUCCAAGGUAGCUAGCUCUAUACUGAGAUGAGACACCAACAUCAUCCUUACGUUUUUAUACAGUGUAAGGCAUGAUGAUUCACCAUGCCAAAACUCAUUUUGGUAACACUAAUCAGAAAUAGAGAAAAAUUUACUCAAGCUUUUUAACUUUUUGCAUUUUCGUUAUUCACAUAUUUUUGGAAUGUCAUAAUCUGAUAUCAAUUAGAAGGUAUUCCUUAAGUCAAAUGAUGGUUCUGAUUGAUUUUUUGAAAUCCUCAUACCUUAAAAUACCAGAAUCCAAAUUUUCAAAUCUGUAGGUACAAAGAAACUUACGCUUUGGUAAAAAUAUUUCUAAAUUUUUCAUGACCGCAAAUUCAAAAUGGCGGAUUUAAGGGUUUUUUGGGGUAUUUUUAGCAAAAUUGAAA